AAGAGAACACUAAAUUUCGAGGGGAGGGAACUGGGAAGCACCGCGUAUUCGCUUGUGCGUUUUUUAACUUUUUGUGUGAGUUUCGUUUGGAAAUAAAUUGUGAUUGUUCUUUACAAGUUUUGUUAAAAUCAAACUUUCGUCGAUAAGAAGCAGUGUUCGAGGAAAAGUCUAGAGCCAGCAGACCAGUCCCACGCAAGGUAUAUGUGGAGAUGCUGGAGGCUCUACUCGUCCUCUAGCAGAGAACGGGUGCAGCCCUUUGUACCUUCGGACAAUAUCGAUUGUAGUUUCACUGUUACAACUUCUCUGGCAGUGAUCAGGUGCUGCCAUGGCGGAAGCCCACCAGGCAGUAGCAUUUUCCUUCUCAAUUACCCACGAAGGGUGGGAUGUGAACUUCGACAGAGAGGUUCUUCAUCUUGUAUGGCAGUCAGGCGUGCGAUCCUGGAAGAAACGCUUUGCCAGAUUCAAGAAUAACAUAAAAUGUGGAGUCUACCCUGCUCCCCUUCAAAGCUUGUGGGCCAUUGUUGGUCUGUUCACUGGGAUGCAUUUUUCAAAGCUGGGAAUUAUCCCCAAAGUUGUUAAUAAAGUGAUUCUUCAUAUUCCAUGGUAUCACCAUGGACCGAGGCCAACAGUUGCCUGGGAGGUAGCCGGAUGUGCCUUACUUGGCAUGGGAUCGUGGCUUAGCAUUAUCUUCACUGUAAGAUAUUCACUGAAGAUGUUGCUCAUGUACAAGGGAUGGAUGUUUGAACAACGUGGCCGUGGUAGCAGAAUUUCCUAUUCAACAAAAUUGUGGAUGGUGGCAGUUAAGGUUUUGUCCUCUGGUGGACGACCUAUGCUAUACAGCUUCCAGGGCUCACUGCCUCGUCUACCCUUACCCACCGUACAUGACACAAUGUGCAGGUACCUUCGCAGCAUUCGGCCACUGUGUGAUGAUGAACGUUACUCUAGAAUGGAAAAGCUUGUUGCUGAAUUUGAGAAAGGCAUUGCAAAAAAGUUACAGAGAUACCUGGUGCUUAAAUCAUGGUGGUCUACAAAUUAUGUGUCUGACUGGUGGGAAGAAUAUGUUUACCUUAGGGGAAGAUCACCGUUAAUGGUGAACUCAAACUUUUAUGGUAUUGAUGCCAUUCUCAUGUACCCAACGCACGUGCAGGCUGCACGAGCAGCCACAUUAAUUCAUGGCUGCCUACAGUUCAGAAGACUUAUAGAGAGACAGGAGCUGGAGCCAAUUCUUAUACAGGGCUUAGUCCCACUUUGUUCAUGGCAAUAUGAAAGAAUGUUUAACACAACCAGAGUUCCUGGAGAUGAAACAGAUCGCAUUGUGCAUUAUAAUGAUUCAAACCACAUUGUUGUGUAUCAUCGUGGUCGCUACUUCAAGGUGCCGAUUUACUAUCAACGCCGUAUUUUGAGACCAUGUGAAAUAGAAAUCCAAAUAAAAAAAAUUUUAGAAGACACUUCACCGCCAGCACCUGGGGAAGAAAAGUUAGCAGCACUGACAGCAGGAGAACGUACGCAUUGGUCAAAAACACGAAAAGAAUUCUUUUUCAAGGGAACUAACAGACAAUCUUUAGAUGCCAUUGAAAGGGCUGCCUUUGUUGUUGCUCUUGAUGAUAUUCCAUAUGAAUAUGAUGAGAAAGAUCCUAGCAAACUAGACAAAUUUGGACACAUACUACUUCAUGGAAAAGGCUAUGAUCGCUGGUUCGAUAAGUCUUUUACCCUUUGUGUUGGAUCUAAUGGUCGUAUUGGUUUCAAUGCAGAACAUUCUUGGGCAGAUGCAGCUAUCAUGUCGCACCUGUGGGAAUACGUUGUGGUCGAGGAGGCAGCAGCAGUUGCAGCGAACAACUGUUACACAAAUGACGGCCACACUAAAGGGACUCCAGAAUUCACUCCUCCUGCACCUGUCAGAUUACAGUGGGAUCUGAAGCCAUCAUGUAUUACAGCUAUUGAAACUUCUUUGCAGGUUGCUAAUGGGUUGUUGAAUGAUGUUGACUUGCGAAUACUCGUCCAUGAUGCAUAUGGAAAAGGUUUCAUGAAGAGUUGCAGAACUAGCCCAGAUGCAUAUAUCCAGAUGGCUUUACAGCUUGCUUAUUACAGGGAUGCUGGGAAAUUCAAUCUUACAUACGAAGCAUCAAUGACAAGACUGUUCCGUGAAGGAAGAACGGAGACUGUUCGGCCAUGUACUGUUGAGUCAUCUGCUUGGGUUAUGUCAAUGAUGAAUCCCAAGUCAACGGCAUCUGAACGUAUAGCAUUAUUGCAGAAAGCAUGUGAAGUACAUCAGACUGGAUACCAGCAUGCAAUGUGUGGGAAAGGCAUAGAUCGUCAUUUAUUCUGCCUCUAUGUUGUGUCAAAAUACCUUGAAGUAGACUCAGCAUUCCUGAAAGAAGUGUUGAGUGAGCCUUGGCGUCUCUCAACAUCACAAACACCUCAUGGGCAGACAUCAAAGAUGGAUCUAAAGAAAUAUCCUCGCUGCAUAUCAGCUGGUGGUGGAUUUGGGCCUGUUGCUGAUGAUGGUUAUGGUGUAUCAUACAUCAUAGCUGGAGAAGAUAUGCUCUUUUUCCAUAUAACAUCAAAAGUUAGCUCACCUGAAACGGAUUCUAGCAGAUUUGCUGAACGUAUCUGUACAGCACUGAGUGACAUGAAGUCCUUAGUUGAAGAGUGGAAGAAGCAGCAAAAGAAAUAACACAAUGACUGUACUUUUGAAGUUUCAGUGUGUUGAUCAACUUGGGCAAAGGAUUGAAAGCAGAAUUUCAGAAAUACGUUGAACACAUGUUUGGUGCAGGAAUAUCAGGUAUAAUGUGGGAGAUGAGCUCAUCUGUUGUUGGUUUUUAAACUUUAUCUUGUCUAAUUAGUAAUGACAUUUUAAUUUUAUGUGACAAACAUCAGAGUGUUAUCCAUCAGUAUUUAUGUACUCAUGUUACAUCCUUUUUCUUGCACUCUUUGUAGAAAAUGCCUAUGUUGUCAUUUCUUUAAAAGUGCAGCCUGUAAAUAGUUUAGGAAGUGCCUAAUCAAAGUGUAAAAUAAUCCUAAUGUAGGGUACAGUUAUACUUAUGGAGUAUUUGACAUACUUGCAUAAUAUAUGCAGUACUUUUCAUUUAGGUGAGGAAUGCACACAAGUACUUUUUUAUAUGCUCAAGUUAUUUAAAGUUGCAGUGUUUAACAAAUAAUAAUACGAGAGUUUUGUGGGGGAGAACUUACAACCACAGAAUGUUGUAGCACAUUAUUUUACUUCAUAGUUGUUAUUUCCUUUCUUCCAAAGAACUGACAAACAUAGCAAUGCAAUUUCAUCAUGCAACCUAUCAAUGCAAUGUUGUGUGUGUAUGUGUUUGAAUAUUUUUGUAUGUAUAUUUGUGGUUUGAAAAUGAAUGGUAUGUUGCUGUUAUACAAAAUGAAAUAUAAUAUUAUUGUUAACACCAUUUAUAAAAUGAAGUGUGACUGACUAUGAUCAAAAUGUCAGAGACUCUUGCCUUGUAUUGUGUGGAGCAUUCACUUCUCGUUCAGAAAAAGCAUCUGAAGUAAUGACAUUUGUAGUUCUCUAGCAUUACCUGUAUGUUGAAACUGUUGUGUUCUUUCUUUUCUCUGUGAAAAUCACUUUCCCCAACAUUGCUGAACUAGAAAAGAAAAUGAUAUUUAAAGUGCCAUCUUAUUAAUUAUUUAGUUUUAUUUUUUAUCUGUUAAUGACCAUGUGAUGGGGGGAAAUCUCAAAACUGUCAUACACUUAAAAAGGGACUUCCUGUGAGAUGAAUGUUAAACUGUAUAACAGCUUACAGUGUCUGAUGUAUAUAUUCUACUAUACUUUUGUACGUCUCAUUGACUAUAUUCAGUACAUUUCUCAGCACUAUGUGCUGAUAUGUUGUUCUUGUUGUUUUUGUUUCCAGCCUUAAGAAAGAAAAAAUUAUCCAUUUGCAUCCUUUUGAAUUCAGUACCUUUUUCUUGAAACCUGUUUGGGAAUAAUUUGAAUAAAAACAUUUUUAUUACAAA